GCUCAGCUUGAGCCGUCGGUUCCGGAACCUAAAACGUGCGGGAAAUAAAAGUGUGGGGACAAGGAGCGGAAACGGACCUGCGCCGGAAGUGAGGUGCUUAGCGGCCGCUGCUAUGGCGCACAUCACCAUUAAUCAGUACCUACAGCAGGUAUACGAAGCUAUUGAUACCAGAGAUGGAGCGUCCUGUGCAGAGCUGGUGUCUUUCAAGCACCCUCAUGUUGCGAACCCACGGCUCCAGAUGGCCUCUCCAGAAGAGAAAUGCCAGCAAGUUCUGGAGCCUCCCUAUGAUGAAAUGUUUGCAGCUCAUUUAAGGUGUACCUAUGCCGUGGGGAAUCACGACUUCAUAGAGGCGUACAAGUGCCAGACGGUGAUAGUCCAAUCAUUCCUGCGGGCAUUCCAGGCUCACAAAGAAGAAAACUGGGCUCUGCCUGUCAUGUAUGCAGUAGCACUUGACCUUCGGAUAUUUGCUAAUAAUGCAGACCAGCAACUGGUAAAGAAGGGGAGGAGUAAGGUAGGAGACAUGCUGGAAAAAGCCGCCGAGCUCCUGAUGAGCUGUUUCCGUGUGUGUGCCAGUGACACCCGUGCUGGCAUAGAGGACUCUAAGAAGUGGGGGAUGCUGUUCCUGGUGAACCAGCUGUUUAAAAUCUACUUUAAGAUCAACAAACUCCAUUUGUGUAAACCUCUUAUCCGAGCUAUUGACAGCUCAAAUUUGAAAGAUGACUAUAGCACUGCACAGAGGGUCACAUACAAAUACUAUGUUGGGCGUAAGGCCAUGUUUGACAGUGACUUCAAGCAAGCUGAGGAGUACCUGUCGUUUGCCUUUGAGCACUGCCAUCGCUCUAGCCAGAAGAACAAGAGGAUGAUUCUCAUCUACCUGCUGCCUGUGAAGAUGCUGCUUGGUCACAUGCCGACCAUUGAGCUUCUGAGGAAAUACCACCUCAUGCAGUUUUCAGAAGUGACCAAGGCUGUCAGUGAGGGCAAUCUGCUGCUACUCAAUGAGGCGCUGGCAAAGCACGAGACUUUCUUCAUCCGCUGUGGCAUCUUCCUCAUCCUGGAGAAGCUGAAGAUCAUCACUUACAGGAACCUCUUCAAGAAAGUGUAUUUGUUACUCAAAACUCAUCAGCUGUCUCUAGAUGCCUUUCUGGUGGCCUUGAAAUUCAUGCAUGUGGAAGACGUGGACAUUGACGAAGUCCAGUGCAUUCUGGCCAACUUGAUAUACAUGGGUCACAUUAAAGGAUACAUCUCCCAUCAGCAUCAGAAACUGGUUGUCAGCAAGCAAAACCCUUUCCCUCCACUGUCUACAGUGUGCUGAUGACCAGACCCUGCAGGUGGAGUGCAUCUCACUGCAGCUGUCCUCUGUAGCCCAAGUCUUUGUGCUUCCCCAGGGCCCUGGAGGCAGUCCCUAGCACACCUGUCUAGCCAUGUUCUCCAUGGUCCUAACUCACGCCAGCUUUGCCAAGACCUGGAAACCUUUUUCUGGAUGGGACAGACAACCCAGCUGUUGGCUGCUGCUUGUGAACUACUGGGAAGCAGACAGCUGUGUAUUUGUUGUUUAUGGAGGUUGUCUUUGUAACAUUUUGUAGUUUUAUUUUUUUUAAUGUAAUCAAAAUUUAUACAAAACACAUUCUUUAUUGUAUAUUACAUGAUACGUCUAUUUUCAUAUGCAAAAUCUGAGCAUCUUGUGAGCUCAGAAUGCUUGGUGAACUUGACUUCUUUUUUAAAAAUGGAGUUUGGGGCUGUAGGGAUGGUUCAGUGGUUAGAACAAUUACCCAUCUCCCCGUCAGAAGAUGGGGGUUUGGUUCCCAGCACCCACAUGGCAGCUCACAGCCAUCUGGAACUCCAGUUUUAGGGGAUCUAGUGCCCUCUUGUGGCCUCUGUGGGCUCCUGUACAUAGGUGCACAUAAACUCACUCAGGCACACAGACACACAAAAGUAAAUAAAUCUUUUAAAAAAAA